AGAUAAUAAAUUUAGGUUUCUCAGUUGUACUUUGUCCUUUUUUUUUCUUUUAACCAACAAAGUGAUGCACUUCGCCAUUUGGACCACUAGUUGGCACAUAAGCAACUGUUGGCGGAAGUAAAACCUCUCACUUUGCUUAUAAACGAGCUCCGUCAGUACAAGGGGUCCAUUAUUGGGAAAUCACGUGCUCAUCAGGGGUUUUAAUAUUAAGUCAUUGUACAGCGUUAGUGCGUCGUUAAACGCACCAUGAAGCCGCAGCUGUUUGGGACCAAAGAGCGACCGUGCGUAACAAACAAAACCAGCGCGGACGCUGCGCUGUCCUUUCAAGAGGAGCUUGUAGCUGCCAUACACGGAGCAUUUGAAGUGGCCGUGGAGAUCGCGGUUCGCGAGGUGAAAAAGCUUGUGGCAGGUCAGGUGACGAGCGACAUCUAUGAAGAGAUGCGACGAGAAAACGAGUCCCUCAAACAAAGGCUGCAGAGAGCCGAAGCUAAGCUGGACUCUGCGCGCAGAGAGGAGAACUGUGGAAGCCCUCUUACUACUAAUCAGCUCUUCGGUGCCAUAAAGUACACCGAUCAACCGCCACACCCCAACUGCAGUCAAAUAAGCACAAGUGUUGUGGGCAGUGUGCUCGGCCGCACAGAGGUCAGAGGUGACACUACCCCUGCGGGUCACAGCGGAGCGCAUCAGCCUCGUGACAGCCAGGAUCAACAUUUGAGAAGACCCGACGAGCGCAGAUCGCGCGAGGAAGAGAGAAUAAAUGACGCAGCUUCAGAUCCAGAAAAUGAGCCGAACGAUGGAUGCACUAGAGAGGUAACUGAAGAGAUUUCUCGCAUUUGUAUGGUGAAGAUCGAACGUAUGAACCCAGUAUGUCCAAACCAAGCAGCUCAAGAUGGCAUCUCACCACCACUUCCCAGCAUUCUUGGCAAAUCCACUCGAGAGCCAGUUACUCAGGUUACUGUAAAGCAGGAGAAGCCAGCAGAGGAAACACAUGGUUCCUCUUGCUGUUUGGAUUCCUUUAAAGUGGAGGAUUUUAGCCUGGAGUGCAUAUCUGGAGUCCAGUCCAAAAUGUUGGAGGAGUGGAAACCAGAAGUGCAGAAUAUUCAGAGCCAAGAUUCAAACUCUCAGCUGUCCAGCGCUGGGCUCGAUCAGGCAGCUCAUCCUCCAAACCCAGCCUCCACCCUUCAACCGCCCACAGAUCUUCCAUCCCUCCCUGCAGAGUUCUCCAGUAUCUUCCAGCUGUCCGAACCAGCUCCUGUGUCAGAGGCCGCUCCACAGGUUUACCCAGUCCAUGUUCGAACCAGUCAUAAACUCAACCACCCCAUAGCUACCCUCUAUGCCUGUAAGUCCUGUGGUCAGACUUUCCAUCUGCCCAGCUUGUUGCGCCGACACACUGGCCAGUGCCAGCUAAGGUUCCAGCAACGCUGUCAGCAACCUGUAGCAGGAAGCAAGAGGGCCAGAUUGCAGCUUUACCCACCGGGUUGCAGCCCCUUCCGCUGCACAGUGUGCAACCGAGAGUUCAAUCGCAUGGAGAAUCUCAAGACCCACCUUCGAAUCCAUACAGGAGAGAGGCCAUAUACCUGCUCAGUCUGCUCAAAGUGUUUCCGUCAUUCUGGUGCUUUAACCAGGCACUUCCGCAUCCACACUGGAGAGAAGCCUUACAUCUGUGGACAGUGUGGAAAGUCUUUUAGAAACUGUGGUGGGCUCAAAUUCCACCAGCGCUCUCAUAGCAAGCAGCUACAGUAGUGUGGUUCUUGAGAUUGGAAUUUUGUUAUGCAAUAUGCAUAAAAGUUGAUUUUAUGCAGGGCUUAAUAUGUUUAAAUUUUAUUUUUAUGUUAGCAGCCAUCUAUCAGUCC